AUGAAGCUCAACUGUGUUGCCGGCCUGUUGCUGGCAGCUAUUGUCUCCGCAUCACCUUUCGUUUCCCGCGGUCAGCCUACCUGCAAAAACCUUAAGGCUGAUGCUAACAAUGGAGGCCGCAAGAUUGGCAUUGUCAUUGAUUCGUCCGGUUCUAUGUAUGAUACGGAUCCUUACAAUCUUCGUAUUCUCGCGGGACAGCAGAUCAACGACUGGCUUGUCACCUCCAAAGAGGCCAGUGGUAGCAGGAAGGAGGAUUUAGUCACAGUGGUGGAUUUUGACGAUGUCGCAACUCUUCUGUAUCCGCUGGGAGACCCGUCAGGCGCGGGCGAUACCUUCAAGCUGAUCGAUUCCAUGGGAGGUACAUUUAUUGCUGCCGGCGUCGAUAUGGCGACAACCGAGCUCACUAAAGGCGGCCACGAUCCCACGUCAAAUCGAUCCGGAAUCGUCGUUCUGACUGACGGAUCAGACUCCGAUACUGCCACGCUGAUCGACUCCAUCAACAAAUGUGGGCAACUCGGAAUUCGUGUUUCUUUCGGGUUCCUGGCCUACGAUGCAUCGUAUCAAGACCCAGAGGUACUAACGGCCAUCUUGGGAACCGGCGGGAUGUAUGCGACCAUUGAUGGCGCAACGGCGCAGAACUCUUUCGUAAACUUGAUGAUCGUUCAUGGUCUGACCGGUAAGGACAACCCUUCACCAAGCAGUGCCACUACCCUUGUCAAUGGCCUCUCUAUUGCAUCCGUCAUGGAUAGCUCUGGGUCAAAUACCUUGACAUAUACGGCAGAAGCGAAGGAGAAGCUCACGUUCUCGAUCACGAGCGUAAAUGCCGGAGAUCUCACCGCCACGGCUAAUGAUGCCAACGGGAAGACACUUGGCACGACGACCAUAUCUUCAUACGGCUACUCCGAAGACCUAGUUGUAACUGCGGUAUCAGACGGGGACUUACAGCUCAAGAUUUCG